AGGUGGAGGAGAAGGAGGAGGGGGAAAGCACCAUCCAGCCGACAUGAACCUCUGCUGGAAUGAGAUCAAACGCAAGUCCCACAACAUCCGGGUGCGGCUGGAGGCCUUCUCGGACAACAGUGGCAAGCUGCAGUUGUCCCUGCAGGAGAUCGUUGAGUGGCUGACCUCCAAGGACGAGGAGCUGUCCCAGCAGCUUCCCAUAGGGGGCGAUGUCAGCGCCGUCCAGCACCAGGCAGAGUUCCACCAGGCCUUCGUGGAGGAUGUGAAGUCCCGGGGGCCCUUCAUCUACUCGGUGCUGGAGUCGGCCCAGGCGUUCCUGGCGCAGCAUCCCUUCCAGGAGCCCGAGGAGUCCCUUCCCGACGGAAAAGAGCUGUCGCCACGACGACGGGUGCUGAACGUCAGCCGCUCGGUAUGGAAGCAAGCCAGCGUGACCAGCGACCUGUGGGAGAAGCUGACAGCGCGCUGCGUGGACCGCCACAGGCACAUGGAGAGGACAUUGGAGCGUCUGCUGCAGACCCAGGCCGCCAUGGAGGAGCUGGACGUGGCCCUGGAACAGGCGGAGGGGGUCCGGGACGCCUGGGAGCCCGUGGGGGACCUGUUCAUCGACGCUCUGCAGGACCACAUCGACGCCACCAAGUUGUUCAAGGAGGAGCUGAGCCAGGUGAAGGAGGGGAUGAAGCACGUCAACGACCUGGCUCACCAGCUGGCCAUCUCGGACGUCCACCUGUCCGUGGACAACGCCCGCGCCUUGGAGCACCUCAACAGCCGCUGGAAGCUCCUUCAGGGGUCGAUAGAGGAGCGGCUGAAGCAGCUUCAGGACGCCCACCGAGACUUUGGCCCGGGAUCGCAGCACUUCCUCUGCAGUUCUGUGCAGGUACCCUGGGAGAGAGCCAUCUCUCCGAACAAAGUGCCAUAUUAUAUCAACCAUCAGGCUCAGACCACAUGCUGGGACCAUCCAAAGAUGACAGAGUUGUACCAGGCGUUGGCGGAUCUGAACAACAUCAAGUUCUCGGCGUACAGAACGGCGAUGAAGCUGCGGCGUGUGCAGAAAGCGCUGAGACUGGACCUGGUGGCGCUGGGCAGCCUGGCGGAAGUGUUCCGGGAGCAGGACCUGCAGCAGGGGGAGCACGUGAUGGACGUGGUGGAGGUCAUCCACUCGCUGACCGCCCUGUACGAGAGGCUGGAGGAGGAGCGCGCCGUGGCCGUCAACAUCCCGCUCUGCGUGGACAUGUGCCUCAACUGGCUGCUCAACGUCUACGACAGCGGUCGGAACGGAAAGAUGCGUGUGCUCAGCUUCAAGGCAGGCUUGGUGAGCUUGUGCAAAGCAGACGUCAAGGAAAAAUACAAGUACUUGUUCCGCCAGGUGUGUGGACCGGGAGGCCAGACCGACCAGCGGCACCUCAGCCUGCUUCUCCACGAGGCCAUCCAGGUUCCCCGCCAGCUGGGGGAGGUGGCGGCAUUCGGGGGCAGCAACGUGGAGCCCAGCGUGCAAAGCUGCCUCCGCAUGGCCCCGGGGAAGCCUGCCAUCGAGGUGUCUCACUUCCUGGAGUGGAUGAGCCUGGAGCCCCAGUCCAUGGUGUGGCUCCCCGUGCUCCACCGCGUGGCCGCGGCCGAGUCGGCCAAGCACCAGGCCAAGUGCUACGUGUGCAAGCAGUGCCCCAUCAAAGGCUUCAGGUACCGCAGUCUGAAGCAGUUCAACGUUGACAUCUGUCAGACGUGCUUCCUCACAGGCCGCACCUCCAAGGGAAACAAGCUGCACUACCCCAUCAUGGAGUACUACACACCAACCACCUCGGGAGAGAAGAUGAGGGAUUUCGCCAAGACUCUGAAGAACAAGUUCAGGUCCAAGCAGUACUUCAGCAAGCACCCUCAGAGAGGGUACCUGCCCGUUCAGUCGGUGCUGGAGGCAGAGAGCGCCGAGACGCCGUGCUCAUCUCCAAAGCUUCCCCACGCAGACACUCACAGCAGGAUCGAGCAUUUUGCCAGCAGAUUGGCGGAAAUGGAGAACCAGACAUGUUCAUUCUUCACGGACAGUCUGUCCCCAGAUGAAAGCUUGGAUGAAGAUCAGUACAUCCUGCGUCACUCCAGCCCUGCGCUGGAGCAGGACUCGCCGUGCGGCCAGCACCUGCUGCUGGUCCACCUGGAGCACCAGGACCGUGAGCAGCUCCAGUGCACCCUGGCCCGCCUGGAGAACGAGAACAGGGUGCUGCAGUCCGAGUACCGUCGGCUCCAGUGGAGGCACGAAGAGGCGGCCUCCGUGCCCAUGCUGACGGAGGCCGGCGAGGGGGGCGUCCUGUGCUCGCCCACGGCCGACGGGGGGCCGCAGGAGGACGAGGAGCUGCUGGCCGAGGCGAGGGUCCUCCGACAGCACAAGACCCGCCUGGAGACGCGCAUGCAGAUCCUGGAAGACCACAACAAACAGCUGGACUCCCAGCUGCGCCGGCUCAGGGAGCUCCUGCUGCAGCCCAAAGAGGACUCCGAGGCCAACGGCUCGGAGCCUUCCACGCUGUCGUCGCCCGUCUCCCGGGGGGACCGCCACGGCGAGGGGGCCAGCAGAGAGACCACGGACACGGAGGCAGCAGGUGAAGACUUUGAGCAGGAGCAGGAUACAGUGUUACAGCUCCAGGAAGUGAUCGAGCAGCUGCGGAACGUAUUCCCCUCAGAGCCAGGUGUCACCUCCCUCAUCUAACCAGGAGCAGACCUGGGGCGCAGUGUGAUGUCAUGCAGGGCGGGGCCACGGAUGCAGCCAAACC